AUGGAUUUGUCGUUGUUGAAAAGCAAAUUUCGUGGUUCGAUGCUCGGUGCUUUGAUCGGCGAUUGCACUGGUAGUCCUUACGACGACGGCGAUCGACUGACGAGCGGCGUGAAAUUAGUUUUGCAAAAAUCGUUUGACAAGUUGGAGGGUCCACCGUUCAAAGCACCCGUCGUGCGGUUUACGGACGAUUCUGCUAUGACGCACUCGUUGGCCAAAUCUCUGGUUGAUCGGAAGGAAUUAGACGUCGUGGAUGUUGCGAAGAAAUUUGUCAAACGUUACUACCGAGAACCCGAUCGAGGCUACGGUAUGGGUGUCGCAACGGUAUUUCAAAAAUUACGAGGCAACAAAUUUACAGACGUUUCGAGUCCACCCGAGGAACAAUUUAACGGACGAGGCUCGUGGGGAAACGGCGGUGCGAUGAGAGUCCCGCCUGUCGCAUUGUUUUCUUACGACAGCUACGACAAACUUUUAGAUACAGUUCGGAAAGUGACUCGGAUCACUCAUUCUCACAAAGUUGGAAUAGACGGGGCUAUCUUACAA